AGAAGAAAGCAGGCACGGUAAAGAUGGCGGAGCCGAAUGAUUGCGGCGUAGGAGUAUUGAACUUGAGUUGCGAUUGAAACCCGAUUCUGUUGUUUUCUGCCGGUUUGUGUAGCUUAUAGUCCGCUGUUAGGAUGGCCCAUCGCUACCUGCGGCUGUCAGCCGGCUGUAGAAACGUGCUGCGGCUUCUGCUGCCCUUCAACUCUGCGACCAGGCUGGUGAUGUGGCCGAACACGGCGGGACAGGUAGACAGCGGGCGGAGCCUGCUGAGUGACCUGUUGGGGGCGUACAGGAGACUGAGCUCCAGACCACCUAAAGGUUUUGAGAAAUAUUUUCCAGAAAGUCAGAAAACUCCAAAAAACAACGAAGCUGAAGGAGCAACCAAAGAGGACAAACCUGCCAACGCCCAGAGACCCCCUGGACGCUCAGGAGGAGGAGGAGCGGCAGGUGGAGGAGGAGGAGGGGGAGGUAAACGAGGAGGGCGUAGGGAGGAUUCACACUGGUACAGCCGUCUGCAGAAGGGUGAUGUUCCCUGGGAUGAUAAAGAGUUUCGGACGUACGUCCUGGGUGCCGCAGGAUUCUGGGCAUUUGUCAGCUAUUAUUUCUUCUUCAGGGAUGAAGGGCGAGAGGUCACCUGGAAGGACUUUGUCAGCAACUACCUGUCCAAAGGAGUGGUGGACCGGCUGGAGGUGGUCAACAAGCGUUAUGUCAAAGUGGUUUUCUCUCCAGGGAAGACGCAGCUGGACGGGCAGUACGUGUGGUUCAACAUCGGCAGCGUGGACACAUUUGAGAGGAAUCUGGAGACGGCUCAGUACGAGCUCGGCAUCGAGGGAGAGAACAGGCUGCCGGUGGUUUAUGUCACUGAGAGCGACGGCACGUUUCUGCUCAGCUUACUCCCCACAUUAUUCAUCGCUACCUUCUUCUUCGUCAUGUUGCGGCGGGGCCUGGCAGGGGCGGGGCGUCCCGGUCGUGGGAUGGGUGGGCUGUUCAGCGUCAGUGAGACGACGGCGAAGGUCCUGAAAGAUGAGAUCGAUGUGAAGUUCAAAGAUGUGGCAGGCUGCGAGGAAGCCAAGCUGGAGAUUAUGGAGUUCGUCAACUUCCUGAAGAACCCCAAACAGUACCAGGACCUGGGUGCCAAGAUCCCCAAGGGAGCCAUCUUGACGGGUCCUCCAGGAACAGGAAAGACUCUUCUGGCCAAAGCAACAGCUGGUGAGGCCAACGUGCCCUUCAUCACCGUUAAUGGCUCCGAGUUCCUGGAGAUGUUUGUGGGCGUCGGCCCAGCCAGGGUCAGAGAUCUGUUUGUCAUGGCGAGGAAGAAUGCUCCCUGUAUCCUCUUCAUCGACGAGAUCGACGCCGUGGGUCGGAAGCGAGGACGAGGAAACUUUGGAGGACAGAGCGAGCAGGAGAACACACUGAACCAGCUGCUGGUGGAGAUGGAUGGGUUCAACACGGCGACCAACGUUGUGGUUCUAGCAGGAACCAAUAGACCAGACAUCCUGGACCCGGCUCUGAUGAGACCUGGACGCUUCGACAGACAGAUUUACAUCGGUCCUCCUGAUAUUAAAGGACGAGCGUCCAUCUUUAAAGUUCACCUGCGUCCUCUGAAGUUGGAUGUCAGCUUGGACAAAGACGGUCUGGCCAGGAAGAUGGCCGCCCUCACACCUGGAUUCUCAGGCGCCGACAUCGCUAACGUUUGUAAUGAGGCGGCUCUGAUCGCCGCUCGCCACCUUUCAGACGCCAUCAACCAGAAGCACUUUGAACAAGCCAUCGAGAGAGUCAUUGGGGGUCUGGAGAAGAAGACCCAGGUCCUGCAGCCAGAAGAGAAGAAGACGGUGGCGUAUCACGAGGCGGGUCACGCCAUUGCUGGGUGGUUCCUGGAGCAUGCUGACCCUCUGCUGAAGGUGUCCAUCAUCCCCAGAGGGAAGGGUCUGGGUUAUGCUCAGUACUUACCCAAAGAGCAGUACCUGUACACCAAAGAGCAGCUGCUGGAUCGGAUGUGUAUGACUCUGGGAGGUCGAGUCUCCGAGGAGAUCUUUUUUGGACGCAUCACCACCGGCGCUCAGGAUGACCUCCGAAAGGUCACCCAGAGCGCCUAUGCACAGAUUGUUCAGUUUGGGAUGAACGCGAAGGUGGGUCAGGUUUCCUUCGACCUCCCCCGGCAGGGUGAGAUGGUUCUAGAAAAACCGUACAGCGAAGCUACAGCUCGUCUCAUCGACACGGAGGUUCGUAACCUCAUCAGCGAGGCCUAUCAGAGAACCCAUCGACUGCUGAGUGAAAAGAAGGCCGAGGUGGAGAAGGUGGCGCUGCGGCUGCUAGAGAAGGAGGUUCUGGAUAAGAGUGACAUGGUGGAGCUACUGGGCCAACGUCCCUUUGCAGAGAAGUCGUCUUAUGAGGAUUUUGUGGAGGGAACUGGAGGGAUGGAUGAGGACACAACACUGCCAGAAGGUCUGAAGGACUGGAACCAGGAGAGGGUGGACAAGGAGGAGAGCCCGGAUGAGCAGGUGGCCCGUCAGAUCUCUGGAGGAAUGCCCUUCUAGAACCUUCUGACACAUACUGACCCAUCACUCUCAUGUAUAUCUAAAAUAUAGUCUUUUGGUGUUCUGCAGUCAUGAUGAUUUAUAAGAUUUAGAACCUUCUUAUUAAUAGAAGCAUCAGCCCCCACUCAUGUCCAGAACCCUGCUUAUCUGGAGUUCUACACUUUGUCUCUGUAUACAAGGUCUGGAACCUUCUGGUUUGCAAGAAGUCUACAGUGCUCCUCCAAACCAGAAACUUAAACUGAGCUCGUAAUUCUAUGAAAACAUUGAAUUGAGUUUAAAUGGAGGGAACUCUGAACAGAGAGGUUCUCGAUUAGUAAAACUGUUGAAGGACCCUUAAAACAUGUCCUUAGGAAGGCUUAGUGUGUGGGAUAUUAAACAACAGUGUUGUCUAGAACUUUAGAAUCUGAAGUUCUCAACCUUCCCUGUGGUGUUCUGCAAUCAACUUAUGAUCCAACAGUCUUUUUUAAUUAUAAAGUAGAACUUACUCAAACUCAUAGAACCCCACUGUGUUCCUGAGCACAUCUGAGCUGAGAGCUCUACAGAUCUUCUGCAGCAGAGCAAGGGUUCUAGAUCAUUCACAACACACACAUGCUUGUAAAUAUUCUCAGUCUGUAGUCUUUUCUUGUAAACUUGAGAGAGUGGUUCUCUCCAUCUGAAAUCACAUACUGUGUGCCGUGUAUUCAGUAUGUGUACAUGUACUAUCUUAAACAUACUGCGGUGUGAGGAAGCAGCAGUAUGUAUGUGCGCCGACGUACUGCUCAGUGUGUAUCGACGCUUCCUGCCAGCUGGAGAUGUGUAACCGUGGUAACCCAAGUCAACGAUGAAGUGAUUUAGUAAAGUGACGCCUCAGACUUUACACGCGAGUUGUCUGUAGUCGUACACAUUGCACGUACAGUUUGGUUUCACGCUAAAACCCCCCUGCUGUUUUAAUGUACUACAACUUGUUAGUGUGGAGUUUCAGAUGCAGCAUCACCCCACUGCAGGGUUCUACAUCAGAUAUGCUUUGUGAAACUGAUACGUAAGGUCUGACCUGUAGAACCGUUCUAGAAUGCUUCUGUACACACAGGACUCCGGGUUAAGGUUCUCCCAGUUUAAGGACUCUGGACUCUGCAGCAGGUUCCUCGUCUCCAGGCAAACUGGUGGAUGGACAUGAUGGACAAAUCAAUAAUGGAGCGUCUGAGAACCCUGAAGUGAUUGGAUGUCAACUCUGAGUGCAACAUUCUCAUUAGAACCCAGAGGUGGAUGAACGCUGCAGCUGCUCUGCUGGAGCCACAAACUGAAUAAAGAUUUCACUCUGAA